GCGGAUCCAGGGGGGGGGCCACGGGGCCAUGGCCCCCCCCAAACGCUCUGAGAGUAUGUUUUGGCCCCCCCCAAAGAAAUUCGUUACAGAUACUGUCAGCCUCCCUCAAUCAUAUACAUAUCAUGUAGAACUCGAUAGUCGAUACUGCAUCGCUCUACUACAUAAAACAAAAUCCAAUUCUAUGGCCUCAAUGCACAAGCGAAUCGGAAUUAAGCGCUGAGAAGGAAGGCCUCUUCGGCCAAUCAGCGAUUAGGGAAAAUACCAAGGUUGAGCUUCAGCAAGGACUUCUAAAUAUAGAAUUUACUCAGGGCGUGCGCUGUCGAAUCUUUAGCCCAUAAACCUCGGGCUAGGGGUCUAUUGUCACUCUCCCAGCGCGCGAGCGAUACUGCAAAUUUUUGGAAGCAAAUUCGGCACGACACACUCACCACACUCAGGCGUUCUCGCUUUCCGCCAUUCUGCCAACGCGAGUGGCCGGCGCAUCGUGGGAGGACAUCCGUCCAGGCUGGGAGCUCUUUCUGCCGGUUCUACCUGAGAGCUUUGAGUGCGACACCAAGGCAGAACUCCAGGUCUAUAAAGCCAUGUGGCGGCGCAACCAGGACAAGGUGGUACCCGACACCGCAGUAGCAGCCCUGGACCACUGCGACCCCGUUACCUUCCCGACCAUCCACCGUCUCCUGCAGAUCCUUGCGGUACUGCCGGUGUCCGCUGCGGAGGCCGAGCGGACCUUCAGCAAGGUCACCAGGACGUUGACCGAGGUCCGGGCGACAAUGGGGGAGGAACGUUUGGAGGCGCUGGUCAUGUGCCAAACGCACCGCGACCUUCUCCCAGCCUCCGAGAAGGUGGUCGACUUCUUUAUGAAGUCUGGCUCUGGCACUCGCCGAGCGCAGCUGAAGUGAUAGA